CUACGGAGGCAGAGGCUGGCCGAGCUGCAGGCCAAGCACGGAGAUCCUGGCGAUGCGGCACAACAGGAAGCAAAGCACAGGGAAGCAGAAAUGAGAAACAGUAUCUUAGCCCAAGUACUGGAUCAGUCAGCCCGGGCCAGGUUAAGUAACUUGGCACUUGUAAAGCCUGAAAAAACUAAAGCAGUAGAGAAUUACCUUAUACAGAUGGCAAGAUAUGGACAAAUAAGUGAGAAGGUAUCAGAACAAGGUUUAAUAGAAAUCCUUAAAAAAGUAAGCCAGCAAACAGAAAAGACAACAACAGUGAAAUUCAACAGAAGAAAGGUAAUGGACUCUGAUGAAGAUGACGAUUAUUGAACUAAAAGUGCUUACAGACUAGAACUUAACGGAACAAUUCUAGGACAGAAGUUAAGAUCUGAUUAUUUACUUUGUUUAUUGUCUAUAGGCCUUUAAAAAAAUAAACUUGUUAUGCAAAAAAAAAAAAAAAAAAAAAAAAAA